GUCCAAAGUUCAGUCUUGGAACGGAUGAGCAGAAGAGCCCGCUUGAAGACGUGCCGUCUUCAGACACUGACAUAAAUUUGGAGAUAUCUUUUUCAGAACAGGCAGCUAAUCUCAAAGACAGCUCAGUAGGCAAAAUGUGCAAGGGUGGAGGGGGCGACACUCUUCUCCCGAAUUUCAGGCUGCCAAAGGACAAAACAGGUACCACAAAGAUUGGUGACCUGGCCCCUCAGGACAUGAAGAAAGUCUAUUCUUUAGCACUGAUUGAAUUAACUGCUCUCUAUGACAUACUUGGGACAGAAUUCAAGCAGCAAAAAGCUGUAAAAAUCAAAACCAAAGACUCUGGCUUAUUUGGUGUCCCACUGUCAGUUUUACUGGAACAGGAUCAGAAGAAGAUGCCAGGAACCAAGAUUCCACUGAUUUUUCAAAAGCUGAUUGCCCAGAUAGAAGAGACAACUCUGGAAACAGAAGGACUUCUUAGAAUACCGGGAGUUGCAACAAGAGUAAAGGGUCUUUGCCAAGAACUGGAAGCAAAAUUUUAUGAAGGGACUUUCAACUGGGAAAAUGUAAAGCAACAUGAUGCAGCAAGUCUUUUAAAACUCUUUAUCCGUGAACUGCCUCAGCCACUCCUCACCAUAGAAUAUCUUAAAGCUUUCCAAGAUGUACAGAAUCUUCCGAUGAAGAAACAGCAACUGCAAGCUUUGAAUCUUUUGGUUCUCCUUCUACCUGAAGCAAACAGAGACACUCUGAAGGUAUUGCUUGAAUUCCUCCAAAGGGUAAUUGAUCAUCGAGACAGAAAUAAAAUGACGUUAAAUAACGUUGCGAUGGUGAUGGCCCCAAACCUUUUCACAUUUCAUGGGUUUGGUUCAAAGACUAUUGAACAAAGCGAGUUUGUUAUGGCAGCUGGAACGGCAAAUGUCAUGCGCUUUAUGAUUCAGUACCAAAAACUUCUCUGGACAAUUCCUAAGUUUAUUGUUAACCAAGUGAGAAAACAAAACACUGAAAGACAGAAGAAGGAGAAAAAGGACAAAGCUAUGAAGAAACUUCUGAAAAAGAUGGCAUAUGACCGGGAAAAGCAUGAGAAGCAGGAGAAGACCCCUAAUGAU